GUUUGGAAGGCGGUGAUCAGUUAGGGUUUUAGGAGCCUCAGUUCGGUCCCGAAGUCAUUGAUUUGGAUGAAUGAUGCAAAGCGGGUGGCGGAAUGAAUUGUGACGAGAAUGCAGAGAGGCUUCGGGGGUUGUGGACAGGCCAGUUCAUCGGAAGAAAUCAUGGCCGAAGGAUUGUAAAGAUAAGAGAUCUUCUAUUUUCUCGGAAAUGUAGAAAGGCAGAGAUCUUUGUCUUGGCAAGAGAUUUAAAAAUCUUGUUCAGAGGCUAAUGGGUGUUCUUCCACACAGAUCACAGUGCCUAGCUUCGGAGAUAGUAUUCUAUCAGAGGAUUAAUCAAGAACUCCGAAAACGUUCUCCUCCUACCAAGUUGAAAGGUGUUUUUUCCCCAAAGUUCCACAAACGUUGCCCAGAUCUUGUUAGAUCUCUUAUUGCGAAGAGCCGCCGAGUGCUCCCGCACAAACGAGAGCAGAGGAAGAGGGUUAGGUUUUCGGAGGCUCAGGCUGCCUCCGUGGGGAGUUUCCCAAGCCACGCACAACCCGUGGAGAGACUUUCCAGUCACCCUCUCGCCCAGGUUCUCUUCUGCCGUAGUGCGACGUGUGCCCCCUGCAGGUUCAGCCCCGCCCGCUUUGAUAGACAGAGGAACACGUAGCUCCGCAUUCCUGGCAUUCCAGCUGCGCCUCGCUCCCCGGCACACGUCGGAACGCAGUUAUUCUUCAGCUGGAAAGCGCACGGGUAGUGUGCUCCGUCCUUUCAGCUCCCUACGCUACUGUUGCAAGGUGAGAUAGAGCUCGUGUUUCGUUAUCGUGAUCGAAUUCCUCCGCUGAACAACAUCCGAGUCCUAACGUGAUCCACCAACUUUACUGGACUGUACAAUCUACUUGGGAAAGUUUCACAGAUUGUCCCCGCGGGUAAUCAGGCUUCUGAUAGAAGAACCGUGAAAAUGGGUUGGAACCGAGUGAUUCUUCUCCCGGUGUCCCUUCCCCGCAGAUUUUCCGCUCUGCGCUUUUUCUCGCUGGCAAAUGAUGUCAGUGGACAAAAAUAUACCAAGUGAAAGCGGUGGCUGGAGGAAUUACUGAAAGGGAUAGGGAAGACUGCAGAUUCCAAUGUGCGCCGACCGAACGGGGAGCGAUUCUAGAUCCUUAAAUUAUUUCAAGUUAUAAAAGUAAACAGCGUGUUGGCAAAUAUUGCAUACUGUAGCUAAUUCCUCUUGAAACAAUUGAUUCCAGAGCUGAGGCAGGAUGCGGACUGCAGAAGACUCAUCAGGUACGGUGCUCCACCGGCUCAUCCAGGAGCAGCUGCGCUAUGGGAACCUGACGGACAACCGGGCACUGCUGGCCAUCCAACAGCAGGCGAUGAGGGUUGGGACAGGCAGUCCCCGCUCUUCACUGGAGAGCCUUACACAAGAGGAGUGUCACAUCGUUCAGCACUCUACGCGACAGGAGCCACAGGGUCAGGAGCACCAGGGAGACUUCACACACUCGGAGAACCUCCUUCAUCGGCUACAGCAGAUGCAGCUAAAUGGGGAGGCACUGCCGUCCUACGAGGAGGCAAAAGCCCAGUCCCAGUUCCUGGCCGGGCACAGGCGGCAGCAGCUGCCCACUGACUCAGGCCCUAACGUGGCCACUGAAACACACUCAGCCUCAACCCAAGGCAGAGCCCACCAGGACCUUCACAGCAAUGCCCUCAAAGAUCUGAAGCACGAGCAUGUGCGCUCCCUCAGCGAGAGGCUGAUGCAGCUUUCUCUGGAGAGGAAUGGGCCUAAAACUCCAACCACCAUGAGCUCUUCACACAGUUUCCCCCAGCUUUCGAAACGCCACAAGCUGCCAGUGGUGUCAGGGUGCCAGGGGCACAUUCAGUCUGUGGAGCACCGUGGGCCUCCUCCAGAAUACCCCUUUCACGCAAAGGCAGCUGCUCCCAUACACCCUCAUUCCCAGCAGCACCUCAAUGAUGAAGGCCCCACUCCAUGCUCUGACAGACAGCACCUCAACACCAACAGGCGUGGCUACAGCGCUCAAGAACAGUCUCCCAGGGUGACUCAGUUUGAGGUAUCGCAUCCCACCCAGCAGCAGAAACACAGCCUCUUGGCCUCAACACAAAUGGAGGAUGUAUCUUUCACUGGAGCUCCAUGUGACAGCACCCACAUUGUACCAGUGGACCAUGUGGCACUGAUCAACCGUGCCCAGCAAAUGGUGGAGAUGUUGCUGAAGGAAAACGAAAACUUACGGAAGGAACUGGAUGGACAUACUGAAAAGUCAGUCAAAAUCCAGAAGUUGGAGAGAGAGAUCCAGAGGAUUUCAGAAGCCUAUGAAAACCUCAUGAAGGCAUCAGCCAAACGUGAGACUUUGGAAAAAACAAUGAGGAACAAAAUGGAGGGAGAAAUUCGACGGCUUCAUGACUUCAAUCGUGAUCUCAGAGAGAAGUUGGGUUCUGCCAACAGACUGCUGACCAGCAAGGAGUGUGAGGUCUCAAUGGAUGGACAAAGCAUUCUCAGCAAACUGAUCGCUCAAAAUAGGGAACAGCAGCAAGAGAAGGAGCAGCUUCAGAGGGAGUUAAGCCUGUCAUGCAGCAGGUAUGAAGAUCAGCAGAGGCGGGUGCAGCUUCUUGACCAUGCACUCAACAGCACGCAGUCCAAAGUAGUGCGGCUUGAGGAUGAGUUGCGGAAAAAGCGAGCCUACGUGCAGAGAGUGGAGAAAUUGCAGCAUGCUCUGAGCCAGCUGCAGGCUGCGUGUGAGAAACGGGAGCAGUUAGAGCUGCGACUGAGGAAACGACUGGAGCAGGAACUGAAGAGUCUGCGGACACAGCAGCGCCAAGCAACAGCUCAGGGCCCCGGAGCUUCAGAGUACAGUGUGCCAGCAUUGAUGGAGCUGCUGCGUGAGAAGGAAGAGAGGAUUCUAGCUCUAGAAGCUGACAUGACCAAAUGGGAACAGAAGUAUCUGGAGGAGAGCACCAUGCGGCAGUUUGCAAUGGAUGCUGCUGCUACAGCAGCCACCCAGAGAGACACCACUAUCAUCAAUCGUUCCCCUCACCAUUCACCCAACAACAGCUUCAAUGGGAGCUCACUGGAGAAAUGUGUUUACUACGAGAACGGCGAGGUUAUUGUGACCAAUCAUCAGCACCAAGAAAUGGAGAACAGGAUUAAAGCCCUGCAUGCACAGAUCCUGGAGAAGGAUGCCAUCAUCAAGGUUCUCCAACAACGCUCCAGAAAAGACCAGAUGAAGCCUGAGCAACUGGCACUGCGACCAGCUCGGUCAGUGCCCUCCAUUGCCCUGUCCACGGGUACAUCCCUGACCAGUGACAGGGAUGACAAGGCGAUCCAUAGCAGCUCAGGUGCUGUGAACAAAGGCUGCGUCGAGGAUCAGAGUGUGGCUUCAGACUCUUGUCCUGCAAUGUCACACACUAAACACAGGAGCAGAGAUGGCAGCACACAGACUGAGAAAAUGGGCGAAGCAAUACAGUCAGCCCUGGGAGGCUCACAGGACAAUGAGAGCUCAGGCAGCUCACGGGCUAACAAACCUAUGUCCAGUUCAGUAGAUCUGCUAGAGACACCAAACCAGGUGAGACUCGGUAGUGUUAAAAGCCAAGAUUCAUCAGACAAUGAGAUGGUGGAAAUCCUCAUAUGAGAGCGACAUCUACCAGAUGAUGGCGGACUUCUGUGAAAUAUAAAGGUCUUCAGGUUUUGCAAACCUUUAACUCCUUACUGCCAAUGUGGAACCAGGACAAAACCAAGGAAAAUGUAAAUAAUUCCUGCACAAAGUAUGGAGUCAGAAUAUGAUUUUUAUGAAAAAAGGGAAAUGUGGCCUUCAUAUCCAUAAGCUGCUAUGACAGUGCAUUCAUUUGAAGGUUAUACACACAAGAAGAGCUGAGCUAAUCUUUGUGCCGUGUGUGAAGCUUUCCUGAGUGCAGGAGACACUCGCAAAUUAACCCAAAUGAUCUAAAGUGCUGUGAAAUUCUGUUCUGGGAUGGAUACAUUGGUGUUCUAGAAAUCAGUAUUUUUACACUACUGCCAAGCGUAAAAGCCUCACAGCAGCAUUAAUAAAUAUAAUUACAAAUAUCUAGCACUAGACUGUAUAAUAUAUACUGUACAUAAUGCUCUAAAUUAUUUUAUUUUAACGAAUUCUGUUUCAGCUUUAAACUUUGUGCAAUUUAACUAAAUCUUUGCUAUGACUAAAAAUGUCUCUUGAACUUCCCUUUUCAUUUCUACCAGCAAAGGACAUGAUUUCUGUGUUGUCAUCCUCCACGUUUAUGUCUCAUUUCUCGCCUUCAGUACCUCCUGUGCAUUUUUUGAUCAAUAUGUAUACAGCUUUCCUCAUGACUGACUACUUCUUCCAGCCAAACCUUGAAUUGGACCUGACUUGGAGAAAACCCCUCACAUUAGCUUCACUACCCCUGGCAUGGGCACAGGAAGAUUCCACAACACAUUGAAAGGAUGCUCAGGUGACAAUUGAGGCUUUGUGUGUGCAGAGGGAGACGUUAUCAGCAGUUCCGCAACAUUAUCUACACCUUCCUGAAUGAAACAAAGCAUUUUUAAAAAGGACUGAAGUGCUCAUGGUCCAUAGUGCAGGACAAAGUAUCUGCUUGAAUCUGCAGAUUCUGCCUGAGAGUGUUCUUCCCCAAGCAAAAUACCCCAUAACGGAAGAUCACCACCUCUGAUUGCACAGUGAAGCAACAUUGGGAAAUGAACCAUUUUAUGCCUCUGCAUGUUUGGCCUCCUGGUUUAGGAAGUCCAGUGGGAAAGGGAAGGGUGGUUCCACUGUUCCCUGGCCAUUUCCCCAUUGCCCAGUCACAGCCCAGAUUUUGAAUAGGGAUUUUGCCUGCAUCAGUGAGAAUCUGUAUGGUCAUUGCAUCUGUCCAUCCCCCCCAAACAGCUGCUGAUCCAUUUAUGCUCAGCAGGAGCAGGACUGACAAGUAGCUGUAUUCUGUAGUCACAUUUUCACAGUGGAUCUGGUUCCCUGAGCAUCACCACUCAAAGGGUGCUGAGCUUAGGGCUCAGGGCAGACUGGCAGCUGGUUUCUGCCACAAUGACACAUUUCCAAGUAGCAUAGAAAAUAGGUGCAGGAGUAGGCCAUUCUUUCCUUCGAGCCUGCACCGCCAUUCAGUAUGAUCAUGGCUGAUCAUCCCACUCAGAACCCUGUACCUACUUUCUCUCCAUACCCCCUGAUCCCUUUAGCAACAAGGGCCAUAUCUAACUUCCUCUUAAACAGAGGCAAUGAACCGGCCUCAACUGUUUCCUGUGGCAGAGAAUUCCACAGAUUCACCACUCUCUGUGUGAAGAAGUUUUUCCUCAUCUCGGUCCUAAAAGGCUUCCCCUUUAUCCUUAAACUGUGACCCCUCGGUCUGGACUUCCCCAACAUCGGAAACAAUCUUUCUGCAUCUAGCCUGUCCAAUCCCUUUAGAAUUUCAUACAUUUCAAUAAGAUCCCCCCUCAAUCUUCUAAAUUCCAGUGAGUAUAAGCCUAGUCGAUCCAGUCUUUCUUCAUACGAAAGUCCUGCCAUCCCAGGAAUCAAUCUGGUGAACCUUCUCUGUACUCCCUCUAUGACAAGAAUGUCUUUCCUCAGAUUAGGGGACCAAAACUGUGCACAAUAUUCUAGGUGCGGUCUCACCAAGGCUUUGUACAACUGCAGUAGAACUUCCCUGCUCCUGUACUCAAUUCCUUUUGCUAUGAAUGCCAACAUACCAUUUGCCUUUUUCACCACCUGCUGUACCUGCAUGCCCACCUUCAAUGACUGGUGUACAAUGACACCCAGGUCUCGUUGCAUCUCCCAUCUCUGCUUUUCCUAAUUGGCCACUGUUCAGAUAAUAAUCUGUUUUCCUGAUUUUGCAACCAAAGUGGAUAACCUGACAUUUAUCCACAUUAAAUUGCAACUGCCAUGAAUUUGCCCACUCACCUAACCUAUCCAAGUCACCCUGCAUCCUCUUAGCAUCCUCCUCACCGCUAACACCGCCGCCCAGCUUCGUGUCAUCCACAAACUUGGAGAUGCUGCAUUUAAUUCCCUCGCAGUAAAGACGGACAGGGUUGCAUCCAAGUUCCAAACCUACAGCUGUCCCUUCAUUCACUUUUGAGUCUUAAGCAUGGACCAACAACACUCCACUGAGGUAUCCAGGGUACAGAUACAGGUUGGGAAUGGCCCUGUGAUGUCAUUGCAUUGGUGGCCCAAAUUAUUAGGAAAUCCAUCCCUGAAAGAUGCAUGAGCUGGGAUCCACCCAUUCCACCCUGCCAUGAGAGGAGGCACAGGAGAGUGAAUUCUUUGAGCGGCCAAGAGAAGGACUUGUUAAUCCUACAUAUAGACCUGUUCAGCUGGUUACAAGGUGACGUCUUCCAUGUAAUGUGCUUGCUGGCCAUUACCUUCCCUCCAUGACAGAAUUCACACCUAUUUUGUUUACAAAAAUAUCGUGAAGCUAAAAAAAAACCCAAAGAAAAAUUAAUGUAUUUUGUACGAAUAUUUGUAUCUGACAUGGUUGUAUUUUAGUGCCACUGAACCUCAUGCCAAAGAUGAUAAACUGCAUUAUUAUUAAAUAACUUAUGUAAGUAUUUAAUGAUUAAGUCAGGGUUGUAUGGAAAGGCACCAAACCCUGGGAUUGCUGCAGCAUUCUGUAUAGUAUACAGUUAUUUCAAAUUAAUGAUGUGAAUCUCAGACAUCAGAUUUUUAUAUUGGAAUAUCACCACACAUUUCAGUAAUAAAAUCAAAAAUUAAUUUA